UUAGUCACAUAUAGUGGAAUGGCUGUACGAUUGAACAACGGAGAAUUUACGAAGAAGAUGACAGAACCUCGGCAUGCGCAAAGACUGCCUCGGAGUUUUGCUGUUCUUCUUGACGUUCGCCUUGGACAGUGCCUCCUGCUUCAAGCGGCAGAGUCGCAAACUCCUUAUGCACUAGAAUAUCGAGUCUCUCCAGCGUUCUUUGAUUAA